CCAAGCCUUAGCUCAAAAGCUCAGAGAUUUUUGAUCGCAGAUCUCAUUGAAACCCUAUUUUUCGAGCUCCACCUAAGCCGAAUUCUCGAUCUUCACUCAAAAAAACCCUAACUUUCGAUGAUUGCCUGUAAAAAAACCCUAAUUUUAGAUGGCUUUCAUUUUGCCUGCAAAUAAUCCCUAAUUCAAGUUUCGAUUGGUCUCUGGUUUGCCUGGAUUUCCUUGACUUAUCUGAAACCCUAAGCUAUCACCAUUAUUCCUGCUAAGAACUAUUAAUGCGCACAUUUCUCCAUGGGCUGAUUAAAUCCGUACUGGUUGAUCAUGUCGUCGCAGCAAAGUUUGGCAGGGAUUUGUUCUUUAAUUUAGGGUUUCAGUGGCGCAUAAAGUUUUCUGAUUGCUAGAUUGUGAUUCCUGUUUCUAAGUUUGGUGUUACGGGAGCCAGCUCAAUCUGGAUUGAGGAUUCAUUGCCUUUGGUAUUUGAAAUUGGAUUAGGGUCUUGAGUGCUCGAUUAGGGUGUUCUUUGGGAAGUUAGGGUUUUUUUGUGACUCUAGGAGCAUCGACAAUGUCUUCGGUGCUCGUAGGGUUGGAUUACUUGGCUGUGAUGAUGGGUUUGAUGUCUUUGUUCCAUGGUAGUUCAUGUUCUCAUCGUCUGAAACAACUUGAAAAGUGGAGUAGGCGUGGUAAUUUGAGUUGAUGCUUUGUUUGAACAAGAUGGAGUCUCAGUUUUAGUGGUGGUUGGAUUUUUCGGAGUUCAGAUCUCUUGGUAAGAUUAGGAAUAACAGCAAUAUAUCACUCGCUCUAUCUUGUCUACAAAGAGGCUGAUUCUUCCCUGAAGGAUAGGGGAGGGGAUUGUUACUGGUGGUUUUUUCUUUUAAGUUCUUGGUGAUUUUACCCUUUUAUCUGUGAUCUUGGAGGAAUUUAGCAUUGGUUGGGAAUACGUCUCAGGCGUCUUUAAGUAUUGGUCGGGAUUAUUGGGAACUUCAGAAAUCAUUUGGAAGAUAUUAUUAAAUGGACACUUUAUCUUCUUGCAUUGAAACUGCUCCUAAGGAUUUUGAAUUUAAUUUGGAUUUGAGUCGUCUUGCUUGUGACUUGACGAGCUUACACAUGGGACAAAAGCUAGAUGCGGAAUCUAUCGGAGAAUCAGCUGAACUAGAACAUCAUGAAGAAUAUAAUAUAGUUACAGGGAACAGCAAUUUGCUGACUGAAGAGCUUAGAUUUCCACUUGAUAAGGGCCUAGUCAAUCAAGAUCUUGAAGGUCUUGGAUUAGAUUGUAAUGGAUUUCAAGAACCAACAGAGUUAUCCCAGCUAGAUAAUGAAAUUAUGCAUCAUGAUAAGACAAAGCAUCUGGAUGGCACUACCAAUGAGGUUGGACAAGUCCCGCAGACUGAAGCAGGCCAGAUUGUCGAAUCUACUUCAAUGAUAAGGAAGGGCUUGAACAAAUGUGCAACAUUUCCCUGUUCGCAGAUGUUGCUUCUUUCUCCUAUACAAGUCAAUAAAAAGGAUGGGAUGCAGGGCCCGUCUCAUCCUGGUGAAACUUCACUUUCAUAUUCUGCUCGAUCAAGCUCGUUGCCUACCGACUUCAAGCUCGUAUCUGCCAUGAAAGGAGGUAGAGAGCAGCAGGGGAUCUCCCCCAAACUGAAACUAGCUGUUAAAUGGGCACCUGAUGUGUAUGAACCCACCCCCACUUCUCUCUCACACACUGUGAGGAACCAUCAAAGGGCUAAGCCCAAGAAGAAGGACCACAACAAGAACAAGCAUGGCAAGGGAAAAUCUUCACGUGGGUCAGGCAGCGAUAAGAAGCAGCACUACCACAGGAGAAGCACAGGCUAUAACGAGUUCCGUUGCAUAAGGUUGCAAGCACCUAUUCCUUUUGGUGAGAGAGUGAUUGAGAAUUUGGACUUCCCAAGGAAGUUGGUUGAGUUAACAGAAAUCAGGGAUGUUCAGGAGAGGCGGGAAGACCCUUUGGAGACUAAUGAGGUUGCAGAUUUUGCUGUUAGCAGCCAGGAUUCAAAGUGUGGAAGUAGCUUUCUACGUCAGGUGUUUGGAAAGGUACAUCUUCCCUUUGCCGAGGCCACCUGAUUGGUAUUUUCAUUUGAUGGAUAUUUUGGCCUGCUUAUGCAGAAGACUAGAACACAACUCUCUGUUUCUUGAUGGUUUCUCUUUCCUAUGUUGGGGAUAUCAAUUUGGUCUGUUUCUCUUUCUUUUGGGUUGUUUCUCUUUCUUAAAGGUUUCUUUUUCCCAUGUUGGGGAUAGCAAUUUGGGGUGUUAUCUUUUGUGAGUAUAAAUGGGUUUUUGACUUUCACUUGUUUGUUUCCUUUGGAUGGCUGUCCUUGAUGUAAAAAAUUUAUGAUAUAUAACGGAACCCUUGUUUCUAUAA